AUGCUGGCUCCUGUGAAGCAUGUGAAGACUCUUGCACAUCGAGUCUCUCUUUACCUUCGUCGACCCAGCUCACUCUCCACAUCUGACGUUGCUCAGUCUUCUUCUGAUGAGCGACCGUCCUUAAGCCAGACCUCCCUUGUCUAUACCUCCGAAAACGGGCAAAGCGGACGCUAUCCCAGCUCUGAGGAAGAUGACUCGCAAGCUUACACAAGUCGCAUUGCCACCAGGCAAGCCAAUUUUCCGAUCGCUUCGGGUGGACUUGGAGAUGUCUACAAAUGCAUAUUGAUCAGAGACGCGAGUCGAGAAGAGGUUGCAGUCAAAUCUCCACGGUUCCCAAGUCUCACAGAUGCCGAAGUUGCCAAAAUAAAUCGUAAUCUUGACCGCGAAAUUAAAGUCUGGGCCAGAUUAAAUCAUCGAUAUGUAUUAUGCCUUCAUGGCACCGUAACAGGUUUUGGUCCGUUUCGAGCAUUAGUUUCCCCCUGGAUGCCGAACGGGACAUUGAGCUCCUACCUUACAAAUGAAAACCUCACAACGAUGGGUAGGCUUCACAUUCUUAAACACAUCACCGAGGGGCUCAAAUAUCUCCACGACAAUAACGUGAUUCACGGGGAUCUGACCAGUAACAAUGUCUUGGUUGCUGCCGAUGGUUCCCCGCGCCUUGCCGACUUUGGUGUUUCGAAUAUCAUGGUAGAAUCCAACCCGGCAUUCUCCUACCAAACUGGCGCGGUUCGUUGGGUAGCUCCAGAGCUCAUUGUCCUCCAGGAAGGUCAAACCGUGCAAUGUGCCACAAAAUCCAGUGAUGUAUAUGCUCUUGGGUGUAUCAUGCUUCAGGUAUUAUACGGCAAACUACCCUACUGGUGGAUCAAGACUGCCCUGCAAGUCAUGGCAUCGAAGUUCAAUUACCAAGAGCCCAUCAAUAACACCAUGCAAAUUCAAGCACAUCACCUGGAUUUCAUGCGGCGGUGCUGGUCAAUUGAGAGUGAGAAUCGUCCAUCAGUGGAAGAGGUACUGGACUUUCUCCAGAAAGCUAUUUCUAUCGGGGCAUUAUCUUAAAUCUACGUUAUGUCACCGUUCGGAACUGGUUCGUUCUCGUCUUUUUUAUUCUAGCUGCCUCAUUGGCAUAGCAUAGUGUCUAAGUAUAAUAUGGGCUCGCAUGUCCGCUGGCUCGGUACCUGUGACUCAUGAUAAUGCUAUUGUACGUGCAUGGAGUCAUACGACUUUCAUACAUGCUAUUGUAAAGUAGAAAUCCUUUAUUGUGCCUUCAAUGAUAUGGAAGACCUCCGGAUGCACGCGCCAACAAGUUGUUAGGUACACGCUUUAGCUGUCUGACAGUCGAAGAACUCAGGUUCUGCUGCAUCGCCGGCCUAAACCUGCAUAGGAAAGUAUCACAAGGAUCAUAACAAAAUCGUAACG